ACAUUUCAGGAGAGAGCCGGUAGCUGUCAUUUUCAACAAAAAAAAAUUUAGAUAAGAACUACGAAACGCCUGCACAAAGCGAUUGGAAAACUUAAUAAAUAAAAAAUGCCCGUGCUUAAAUCUUUUAUUCUGUGACGAGCAACAAGGUGUGAACAUUUGUUUAACCGCGAUACGAGCGUAGUUAUUGUGCACAAAUGAAUUAAGCGCUCCUGAAAAAAAUACGAAGCAAGAAAAGUUCCACAUUUGUAUAUAAAAAAACUUCAACUUUUGUGUUCGCAUUUAUCAAUUAAAAAUCCUGCAAUUUUUACAAAUUUAAAGUGUAUAAAGUACAGUGCAUAAUUAGCUUAAUCUGCAACUAAAAUGGAUACAUUAACCGUGAUGAAAGUGUGUUGUAUCGGUGCUGGAUACGUUGGUGGCCCGACUUGUGCGGUAAUGGCGCUUAAAUGUCCCGAUAUACAAGUCACGGUGGUGGAUAGAAGUUCCGAGAGAAUAGCCCAAUGGAAUUCAGAAAAAUUGCCAAUUUAUGAGCCUGGCUUAGAUGAUGUUGUCAAAAAAUGCCGCAAUGUUAAUCUGUUUUUCUCCACUGAUAUUGAAACUGCCAUCAAAGAAGCCGAUCUGAUAUUCAUAUCGGUAAAUACGCCAACAAAAAACUUCGGCAACGGCAAGGGUCGUGCUGCCGAUUUGAAGUAUGUUGAGAGUGCUGCGCGCAUGAUCGCUGAAAUCGCGCAAUCGAAUAAGAUCGUCGUGGAGAAGAGUACGGUGCCGGUGCGCGCUGCCGAGAGUAUAAUGCAUAUACUACAUGCCAAUCAAAGGCCUGGCAUACGUUAUGAUAUACUCUCGAAUCCUGAAUUUCUUGCCGAAGGCACAGCCAUUGAAGAUCUGGUGCAUGCUGAUCGUGUGCUUAUUGGCGGCGAGGAAACGCCCGAGGGACACAAAGCGGUUGAAAAGUUAUCUUGGAUCUAUGAACACUGGAUACCGAAAAAGAAUAUACUCACAACGAACACUUGGAGCUCAGAAUUGUCGAAAUUAGCCGCAAAUGCAUUCCUAGCGCAACGCAUAUCGAGCAUCAAUUCAUUGUCGGCUGUUUGCGAAGCUACUGGCGCGGAUGUCUCCGAAGUGGCGCGUGCGGUGGGACUGGAUUCACGUAUUGGCGCGAAGUUCUUGCAAGCAUCGGUGGGCUUUGGUGGUAGUUGCUUUCAGAAGGAUAUUUUGAAUUUGGUAUAUAUAUGCGAGGGUCUUAAUUUGCCGGAGGUGGCCGCGUAUUGGCAGCAAGUGAUUGACAUGAAUGAGUAUCAGAAGUCGCGGUUUUCACAAAAGAUCAUUGAGAGUCUCUUCAAUACGGUCUCAGAUAAACGCAUUUCCAUUUUCGGUUUCGCUUUCAAGAAAAACACAGGUGACACACGUGAAACACCAGCUAUAACGGUGUGCAAAACAUUGCUGGAAGAGGGCGCCAAGCUGGACAUUUACGAUCCAAAGGUAGAGCCCGAGCAAAUAAUCGACGAUCUAACACAUCCGUGUGUAACGGAAUCGCCGGAAAAUGUUAAAAAGGCAGUGCAGAUACAUAGUGAUCCAUAUAGCGCGGUGCGUGGCACACAUGCAAUUGUGCUUUGCACCGAGUGGGAUGAAUUUGUGACAUUAGACUAUAAACGAAUUUACCAGUCAAUGAUGAAGCCAGCUUAUAUAUUUGAUGGACGUAAAAUUCUAGAUCAUGAGAACUUGCAGCAGAUCGGUUUCCACGUGCAAACGAUUGGCAAACGCUAUCAGCGAAACGGUUUAAUGCCUUCCUGGGGCACUGUGCCACAAUUGUAGAAAUAAGUUAAUGUCGCAAGUGAAGUGGCGAAUAUGUUGAUAAAAGUUGCUGAAAAACAAAACGAAAAAAAUGUUUCCGAACACUUUAAAGUGUAGCCUAUAUACAGUAUUUAUUAUUUUGGUGUAACAUUUAUCAUUGUAAAUAUUUACUAAAUACGUGUGUACAUGUAUACGUCUGAAAAUGUAUUUUAUAUAAUAACGCAUAUACGUUGUAUUAAGCAUAUUUAAAGUUUAAAUGCGUCGCCGUUUAAAACCGCCAUGCAUACUUCAACCAUUCUAUUCAUACCGCUCUGUGUAGCGAAGUUAGUUAUAUGAUUUCCUGCCAACGGUACUUAUGGUACAUAAGCGAAUACAGUUUUGUAUUGUAUUUAAUUUACAUAAAGGUAUUUAAAUAGAUAAAAUAAUGCAUUAAACACGAACUUUUGCUCCUACUAAUUCGUUUUGCAAUAAAAAAGAAACGUUGAAAUAUGCAUUAAAUUCCAAUUAUGUAUGUGCGCAGUAACUAAGUAUAUUUUACGAAUAACAUAAAAUAAAAGUGUAAUCAAUGCGA